UUUUGAGGCAGCGGAUGGUGUGACCCAUUUUUUCGGGCGGAAGAUUUACAGUUUUCUAUCCUCUGCACCAAAGGGUAUAUCUGUGUAAAGUUUGAUUUAUUUGCAAGUCGUUGGUUAAUUGAAGCUGUGAUGAACUUUCGUACGCGUAAUAAACAUAUUUUUUCGCUAGCUGAUGAUUCGGUUCUGUGAAAAAGUGAGAAAACAUUCGUACUGGCACGAGGAGAACAAUUUUUUCUUCAGUAGUUCAUACAGACUGGGAGGAAAAGCUGAUCAUGUGAAAGUUUCCUAAGAAGAAAAAAUAGUGGGAUAUGAGAUAAAAAAGCUGAAAAUUUUGACUGCAGUUAUCUCUAUAAGGAAUUUGAACUGGUGCCUGUGCCCUUAACAUCAGUAAAGAGUUUCUGAGAAGAAUUUUUUCGCCAUUUAGGUCUCCGAGCAAAGGAAAACGAAACACAUAACUUGAUUAUAUCAGAUAAAAGAAUCCUGGGGACAAGUUUUGCUACCUCUGAGAAAAAAGAAUGAUAAAUUUUGGGCCUGCAAAUCGUGUUACGAAAGCAUCGGAUGCAAAUGAAUGAAUAAAUUAUCUAGAGGCAGAGAGGAAAAAAAUCUACCUUCAAUUGUUCUCAGAAAAGGAAAAUGUGGUUUCAUCCUUUCUUAACGAUUACCAGAGCUUGAGAAAAUUCCGAACGGAGAAAGGAGAAGCGUUGGAGUGCCAUCAUCAGCGUUUGUGCAUGCUUACAUAUGUGAGUAUCCGUUGCCGAUCUGACGACGAUUUCCCACAGUGUGUGAGUAAAAGACCAUGUGAGUCGACCUCAGACCUAACAGCCCUUCGCUCUCCUAGCCCCUCGCAAAGUUAAAGGAUUUGGCAGAGGCUCAAUAAGACAGCUUCAGAGGUUCUAGUCAGGUGGUUCCGGGGACAAAGCAGAUGCCGCAAGGUGUUUUGGGGAAGAACCCCAUAGAGUGAGUGUUUUAAAAAUAGCUUGGAAAAUUUUAUAUUAGACAGAAGACGGAAGUCAGAGACGCGUCUGAGUGGGUGGUGCAUAUGUGUGUUGAGUGUGUGUGGUUGAGCAAAAUCCUGCAAUAAAAGCGUAUCAACCAUAGCACUUAAUCAUCAUUAUCUUUAUCGGCAUCGGCUCUUUGCACCCCGUAUCCGAGAGUGGAGCCUUGUGAGCCAUUAACGACUAUUUCGGGGAUUUUCCGUUUACGCAAAGAUCCUGUACGAACUGCGAUGUGUGUGAUUUUGAGAAAAAAAUCGUUCGGGGACAUGUGAAAAUCGGGACGAGCGGCUUGCAAGUACGCACUCAUUGACAUCCAAAUCGGUCUGUCCUGCCUCUCUGUCUCUUUCGUGCCGGAAGAAAGGACGGAAUAAAAGAACUUUUCUAGUGCAGCAACAAACGGGUAUAUUGUAGUGGAAAAUCGUGCAGUGCAGUGCAGUGUGUAGGACUCCGGAAGUCGUGUGUCUGUGAGCGCAUCGAGAGCAAUACCGAAGUUCAAAACCGAGUCAACAUCAUCACACGAAGCGCUCGGACGAUGAUGGCGAUGCUGUAAAUAUUUUCCGCGCCUGGCAGAGCUGCUACGAAAUAGACGAUGUCCAACGACGCACUGUGGGUGUCUGACGCCAUGUUGGACUCGCUCAGUAUGCAACUCCGGGACGCCGAAGCUCGAAGAGCGGAAGCAGAACGCGCACAUCAGGAAGCACUCGCACAGCUCCGGGGGAUGUCCUCUGGCGUGGGGAGAAUAGGAGAACCAAUCGACGCCCUGCAAUCCAGGGCCCGAGAACUGGAGAAAAAGGCCGCUCUUGAAACAGUCAGAUGCGAAGAGCUACAGCUAGAGCUUUCGGCGGCGUUGAAGUCACGCCCUGGUCGCCCGCCGGCCAGUUCCAGUUCCGUGUCCAUAUCCGGUAUGGUUGGCGGCCUUAGUAGCACAAUCACAAGCAAUCCCGCGUCAUCGUCGGUGGCCAUGGUAAACAGCAUCGGAAGUCUGGGCAUUGUUGGCAAUUCGAGUUCGGUUCUCGGAACAACGUCAGCUUUGAGCGGCAUCGGUGGCACUGCUGGCAUUACUGGCGUUGGAGGAAUGGGUGGAAUUGGAAUGAGUGGAACCGGAAGUGUCAAUGUUGGUGUUGGGAUAGCAGGAGGAGGAGGAGGUGGUGGCGGAGGAGGAAGUACAGUUACUUGGGCGCCUACGCCUACCCAACAGCAAGGAACCGAAAUAGAUAGGAUUAUGGCGAAGAUCGAACAGGACAAUCGUAUUUUGGCCGAGCUAGAGCACCCGCGAACAACUGGACCAAUAAUGUCGUCAUCGUUGGGAUCUGGCUUGACAAGUACAAGUCUCGGCAUGUCUCAGCAUCAGCCCCACCUCCCAUCGACUAGUCUAACUUCCGGAUUGAACAGUACAUCGAUGCUAGGUGGUCUCUCUGGUUUGACCAAUAGUGGCCUGCCUUCGAGUAUAGGAGUCGGUACAGUGCCCAACUCGAUUGGGUUCAACUCGAUAGGAAUGAGCUCGAUGGGGAACGCUGGAGUCAGUUCCAUUACAGCUGGCGUCAGUUCGAUGAACGUCGGUGUGACUUCGAGUGCCAGCAGCCACGCGUUGGCCGAUGGACAGUACAGUGCACUGACCUCGUCUACCGGAAACACAAAUCCUUACUCAGCAGCUAAUAUUUCACCACUGCCAAGUCGAGCGAAUCCUCUGAGCAAUGCGAUGCCACCCUUAUGUCAGAGUUCUACAAUGCCCGUCCUGUCGUUACACAACACACAUUCCAUACCAUCGGGAUCAGCCAGUUAUACCUUAGGAUUAAGCGUAGCGCCCGUAGCCUCGUCAUACACAUUCCCAACCCAUUCGGCUACAACUGGUGGACUAGCGACGGUCCUCGGUUCUGUCGGAUCAUCCGGCGUAGGCACAACGGGUGUAUCAGGCCUCACCGGAUUACCUCCCGGGCUCGGGGCUGCCGCCGGAUUAGGAUUAAGUUCAACCAACCCGCUCACCAGCUCGCUGGGCACUAAUCUGACCAACUUCAGCACCAGCACGUCCUACUCCACCUAUACGAACCCACUGCUAGCAUCCGGUGGAAUAAGCAGUAAAAUCAAACCCCUAGACGAGCUUGACCUGUUGACGCGGUACGGCCAACGAGGUGGAACGCCCUGCUCGCCGAUUCCUCCUGCUAGCUGGGGCCUCGAUAGCUAUUCCGGCAUCGACGGUGUCAAUCCGGCGUUUAUGCACACCCAGAAUCGAACGCUGAUCGGUAUGGAGCUCGAUGCUCGAACGCACGGUUUAACGCUGAACGGUACCGGUGAACCGCAAGUGGACAUGUUAGAUAUACCGGGGAAAGGUAGAUGUUGUGUAUUUAUAGCAAGAUUUUCGUAUGACCCGCCAGAAGUGGAAGGUUCGGAAGGUGAAUUGGCGCUAUGCGCAGGUGAUUAUUUGUUAGUCUGGGGCAACGGUGAACCGCAAGGUAGCUAUCUGGAUGCCGAACUGUUAGAUGGUAGAAGAGGCCUAGUGCCUGCGUCCUUCGUGCAAAGACUCGUAGGCGAUGAUUUGUUAGAAUUCCAUCAAGCCGUUGUGUCGACGUUGCGAGAUGCUGACGAUGCCCCUAUUACUUUGGACCCUGCGCCCUCGAUGAAUCCGAUGAUCCCACACACGACCGAAGACUUAGCGCGUAUUAGUGAAGCCCACACCGACGUAGGUCAAGAGUUUGACGACGAAGCCGACACAGCCGAUGCUGAUCUUAUGUUCUCCGUGUUAGUUCCUGCACCAAAGCACCUCACCCUGGAGCGGCAGCUAAACAAGAGCGUCCUGAUAGGCUGGACGCCUCCGGAUCCCCCCGGUUGCAAUGUGAUCGAAAGCUACCACGUGUACGUGGACGGCGUACUGAAGGUGACUGUCAAAGCGACCGAACGCACACGAGCCCUGGUGGAAGGCGUAGAUUGCAAUCGACCACAUAGAAUAAGCGUACGUAGCGUAACACAAAAUCGCAGAACCUCUCGGGAUGCUGCCUGCACAAUGAUCAUCGGACGUGAUACAGCACACUUAGGACCAUCGGCAGUUAGGGCUACCAAUAUUACCUGUUCGAGCGCAAUCAUUUCCUGGCUACCGGCUAACUCUAACCAUCAGCACGUGGUUUGCGUGAACAACGUGGAAGUGCGAACUGUCAAACCUGGCGUCUACCGACACACGAUAACUGGGCUGGCUCCCAGUACGCAGUAUCGGGUAACAGUUCGAGCGAAACAUUUGCGAGCGGUGGGUCAAAAUCAGCAACAAACCACCACGGGACCUCCACCUGAAGAGGCACCCGGAGCGUACACCGAUUUCCGAACACUAGCCAAAGGACUGCCUGACCCACCACAGGAAAUCCAAGUUGAAGCAGGACCCCAGGACGGAACCUUGCUGGUAACCUGGCAACCGGUGACGCGUCCUCCCUCAUCCGGCCCCGUGACCGGAUAUGCCGUUUAUGCCGAUGGCAAGAAGGUGACGGACGUCGAUUCGCCUACUGGAGACCACGCGCUAAUCGACAUCGGAAAGCUGGUCGGACUCAAUCCCCGAGCAGUGACAGUGCGGACCAAAUCCCGAGACUCCCAGUCAGCGGACAGCAACCCUACCAUGAUACCAAGCUUUGGAUACCCAGAAACAAAUACUGAAAAUGGACUAAACUAUUCAUCAUCAUCACAACAAUCGCAACACAAUCAAGACCAAGUGCGGGCAGCUGCUAGGAAUCGAAAUCCUGGCGGCGCCAUUCAGCCGCAGCCGGGCCAUUUGCGCAACCAGCGGAUGAUGAACAAUCAGCAGAUGAUGAACAAUCAGAUGCAGCCGAUGAAUCCGAACCAGAUCAUCGACCAUGACGAGAACCUGAGCGACAAGGAGAUCUACCCCGGCAGCCUCCAUCAGCAGGUAAUUGACUCUUCUUUCUCUUAUCGGAUAGUUAAUUAUAAGAUUAUUGAGCAUCUGUGUGACAAAUGA